CGUUGACAUUCAUAGACUAAAAACAAAAAUUAACAAAAAAUGGCGGAAGCAACAGUCACGAUGGAGGUGGGUUCCGAUGGUGUUGCUCUCAUCACCAUCUCAAACUCCCCUGUUAACGCUUUAGCUCUUCCAAUUCUUGCUGGAUUGAAGGAGAAUUUGGCAGAGGCUAUGAGGAGAGAUGAUGUAAAAGCUCUGGUUUUGACUGGCAAGAACGGUAGAUUUUCCGGUGGGUUCGACAUCAACGUGUUCCAGAAAGUUCACCGGACUGGAGACAUAUCUCAUCUACCUGACGUAUCCGUUGAACUUGUGACCAACACACUCGAAGAUGCGAAGAAACCGAUAGUUGCUGCUGUGCAAGGACUCGCACUCGGGGGUGGGCUAGAAGUUGCAAUGGCAUGUCAUGCGCGUAUCGCAGCUCCAAAGACUCAACUUGGCUUGCCUGAAUUGUCUCUUGGAAUUAUGCCCGGCUUUGGAGGUACCCAGAGACUUCCGAGGCUUUUGGGGUUGUCAAAGGCAAUCGAUAUAAUGUUGACAUCUAAACCGAUACUAUCGGAGGAAGGGAACAAGCUAGGUCUUAUUGAUGCUAUUGCACCUCCUCAAGAUUUAUUAAAAGUGUCUAGGCAAUGGGCUUUAGACAUAGCAGAGGCCCGUAAACCUUGGGUCCGCUCACUUCAUCGGACGGAUAAGAUCGGUUCUCUUUCCGAAGCCCGUGAGAUCAUAAAAAAAGCUAGACAAUCAGCCAAACGGACGGCCCCUAAUAUGCCACAUCAUCAAGCAUGCCUUGAUGUGAUUGAAGAAGGUAUUGUUCGUGGUGGAUAUGCUGGCGUUUUGAAGGAGGUCAAGGUGUUUAACGAGCUCGUUCUUUCCGACACAGCGAAAGGCCUUGUUCAUGUAUUCUUUGCACAACGUGCAAUCUCAAAGGUACCUAAAGUAACCGAUAUCGGGCUAAAGCCACGGGCUGUUAAAAAAGUUGCCGUGAUUGGCGGAGGUCUCAUGGGGUCAGGAAUAGCUACAGCCCUAAUUCUUGGUAACAUAAACGUUGUUCUUAAGGAAGUCAACUCUGAGUAUCUUCAAAAGGGCAUAAAAACAAUAGAAGGAAAUGUUCGAGGUUUGGUUGCGAGGAAGAGGUUAGCACAGGCACAAGCUGAAAAAGCCUUAUCCAUGAUUAAAGGCGUAUUAGAUUACUCGGAAUUUAGAGAUGUGGAUAUGGUUAUAGAGGCGGUUAUUGAGAAUGUUCCACUGAAGCAAAAGAUUUUUAGCGAACUCGAGAACGUGUGUCCCCCCCAUUGCAUUUUGGCAACCAACACAUCUACCAUUGAUCUCAACUUAGUCGGAGAGAAAACAAAAUCUCAAGAUCGAGUUAUAGGGGCACAUUUCUUUAGCCCGGCUCAUAUUAUGCCUCUAUUGGAGAUAGUCAGAACAGAAAAGACUUCUGCACAAGUGAUUUUAGAUCUUAUGACAGUUGGAAAAAUCAUUAAAAAGGCUCCGGUUGUGGUGGGAAACUGUACCGGAUUUGCUGUUAACCGCACCUUUUUUCCGUACACACAGGGUGCAUAUGUCUUGCUUCAUUUAGGUGUUGAUAUAUUUAGAAUCGACAGAUUGAUCAGUAGCUUUGGACUCCCCAUGGGCCCGUUCCAGCUUCAAGAUUUAGCGGGAUACGGUGUAGCUGUUGCUGUCGGUAAAGAAUUUGCCAAAGCUUUUCCUGAUCGUACAUUCCGGUCUCCUAUAACUGACCUUAUGAUUAAAAGUGGACGAAACGGUAAAAAUAAUGGAAAAGGAUAUUAUAUUUACGAGAAGGGUAGCAAGCCAAAACCCGAUCCACAAGUGUUCCCGAUUUUAGAAGAGGCUAGAAGACAAGUCAACAUUAUGCCCGGAGGAAAGCCUAUAAACAUUACCGACGAAGAAAUAGUUGAAAUGAUAUUGUUUCCGGUAGUGAACGAGGCAUGCCGUGUUCUAGAAGAAGGAGUUGUGGUCCGGGCAUCUGAUCUUGAUGUUGCAUCCGUUCUUGGAAUGAGUUUUCCUUCUUACCGUGGCGGUAUUGUGUUCUGGGGAGAUUUAGUUGGGGCUAAACACAUAUACGCAAGUCUCAAGAAAUGGUCUGAAAAAUACAGCGACUUUUACAAGCCAUCAAGAUUUCUUGAAGAAAGAGCGAAAAAUGGUGUCCCAUUGAGUGCUCCAUUGUCGGCGUCUACAAGCUCAAGGGCUCGUCUGUAGAAAAUGGAUCAAAUUACCAGAACUCCAGAAGUAUGUUGGUUUGCGAACAAUAAAUUUAGUAUUCGUUGUUGGAAUAAGUUUGUUAAACGAGUCGCGGGUUGAGGAUAUAUUUUGUGAAAUUCUUAAAGACAUCUUUUUCACCUGUUGGAAAUUGGAAUAUUGAGGGUUGAUGACAUAUGAAUGUGGUUAGUGAUAAAAGGCAAUAUGCAAUAUGCAAA